AUGCGUACUUCGGAAGGCACGUUAAGCAGUCGGCCCCGGCUGCAUCUGUGGUCGUUAGCACCCAGCAAUCCGCACUGGGCCCGCAUGGUUUGUGGCACUAUGAUGAGCAACAGAAAAUGUUUAUUUAAAAUCAUAAUUUGCUUACUUAGCUUGCCCGCCGUUUUGUGUGAUAUUAAACCGCCAAUUCUGAAUCCCGGCAUACUUACACCGACAAAGACCCUCGGUGAGUGCCAAGCAUGCAAAUUGUUUGUGGAUUCUUUCAAGAAAGGUCUAGAACGCACAGCUCGAGGUAAAUAUGAAGGUGGCGAUGCAGCUUGGGAAGAGGAGAAACUUAAAAAGUCUUAUAAAAGAAGUGAAAUACGUUUAAUUGAUAUACAAGAAGGAAUAUGCAAGGAAGAGAAUGGUUAUUCAAUGCAAUGUCACAAUAUGGCUGAAAAAGCUGAGGAAUUCAUUGAGUCUUGGUGGGCACAGAAUCCAGAUGAGUCUGCAGAUUUGUUUACUUAUAUUUGUGUAGAGAGUUUAAAAACAUGUUGCCCUAAACACCAUUUUGGGAAGGACUGUACCCCAUGUCCUGGUGAUCAUGGAAACUUAUGUAAUGGCAAUGGAAAGUGUAGAGGAGAUGGAACAAGGAAAGGUAAUGGUACAUGCUUAUGUGACACUGGAUAUGCAGGAGAGAACUGUGACCAAUGCGUCACAGGUUAUUAUUUAUCAUUUAAAGAUGAUAAUAAGAUGAAAUGCUCCCCGUGUCACAGAGCCUGCAUGGGAGGGUGUCGUCAUGGCACACCGAAAGAUUGUGUUGCAUGCAAGCCAGGAUUUGUAUUUGAUUCUGACGAAGGUUGCCUUGAUAUAAAUGAAUGUGAUGAUGUGAACCGAUGCAGUAAAGACCAAUUCUGUUUGAACUCUAUUGGGUCGUUCACAUGUAUGCAAUGUGACAAGUCUUGCUCAGGAUGCCAUGGAGAUGGACCAGACAUGUGCCGUAAAUGUGCAAGUGGCUAUUCUAAAAAGGGAGAAUUUUGCAUAGCAGACAGAGAAGAUGAAGAUUCUUCUGACAAAUUAACAUUAACAAGGUACAUGACUUAUGUCGGCUUACUCAUUGCAACAGGGAUCCUCUUACCAAAAUCUACUUCUCUUGGGAGCUUCGUAGGUGCAAUGGUGUUGUCAUACAUUGUCGGUGCAGAAUACUAUUGUAUGAUAAAUGGACAUGAAGGUCUUGUUAAUUUGAAAGAAUUUGAUUUAAUGCAGCUAUUCCGUACAUAA